ACACAAAUGAAUGUGGGGAUCAAAUGGUUCAAGAUAUUGCUAGCCUAUCGAUCUUAUUUUACACAAGGUAUUAUUUCCCUUGUAACUUUUAAACUCGAAAUACGAAGCCAUGGACAGACCCAGCUUCGAGAGACUGUUUUCAGCGUGUGACAUUAACAGGUCUGGUGUGAUUGAAUACGAAGACUUUACGGUUGUUUGUCGAGAACUCAAUGUGCCUGACGACGAAAUCAAAACUUUAUUCAACAAAUUCGGUGCUGGUGCAGAUGGAUGUAUCAAUUACAGCAAGUUCUCCUCUCGGUUUCAAGAGGUUUCAGAAAGGUUGGAUUUAGCCUCUUUUGGGGCGUCUCCUCAAAGUCAAGGGAGUCCUUGGGACGAGUUCCAGAGCAGGAUGGACGAUGCAACAGGUCUCCUCUCAGGAAGACUGUGCGAUCAAUUGGCUGAGCUGUACCAAGCCAUUUACUCCACCUCAGAACCUCUCUUGUUGCAACAAUAUGAGGGACUUGUUGAUGCUCUUGUCAGUGAGAGCAAGGAACGCAGACUUGAGAGUGAGCAGGUGGAAACCAGUUUCAGAAGGUAGAGAUUCAGUCAUAGCAGCAUAACUUGUCAGAUUCCACAAGGGGUGGAGGAAAACCCUAUACUGAGACAUAAUCUACCAAAUGUAUUGCCUGAAUAUGUUAUCUUCUCGCUUGAAUUGGGUUCCAAAGAAUGGAAGGAAUGAAACAUUUUAUCAGUUAAUUCGGUCAUUUAUAUCUGUCUGUGUUACUUGAUACACAUAUCUAAUGUUCAUGUUGUGGGAUAUCAUGCAACAAUGAUCCAAUCAAGAGCAUGCCUAUGCUCUUAAGCAGUUUACUUUUACAAAUGUGAGUAUUGAUUGUGCCAGUAACCUAUGCAUCCCACAGUAAGGUGAUAAUUGCAUGUUUCCAACUACUGAAUUAUAACCAUAGAUGGGGGGGUGUAAAAUUGGUUUUGAGGUUCAGUGGCUGCAUUUCACCCCAGCUGCCACUUCUCAAGUAGGUAGGAUGUCUUAAAUGAGUUGCUCUGCCUGAUCUCCAUUAUCUCCUUGUAAACUGAGUUGUCCCUUUAUAUAUUUCCAUUCAGGCCUAUCCCCUUCACGUAUGCAAAUGAAUGUGCCUGUAAAACCCAAAGUUCUGACACAAAUAGAUGUUUACUAAUCAGUUUGCCAUUCAUUAAAUCUUAAACUAUGCAGAGCUC